UGUAAUAAUUUACAUAAAAAAUAUUUUGACAUUUCUCAUUUGUCAUUAUGACAUUUUAACUUCCACAGACAUACGUUUUAAAUUUCUAUGCUUGCUUGGUAGACAGACUUUUUGAUCUUUCUGUAUAAUAGAUAGCCAAUAGGAAUAAACUACCCUCUCCAUGAGUUUAAACGAUUUCACUGCCAUCUACUAGAUUUUUUAUUAAGUUUUGAAAAAAUAAAUUCAUUUUACAUCGAAGUGCCAAGAAAACAAUUUAUUCGUAUGGCGGAACCAAUUUUCCCUUGCAAUUUUCUUUCCAUCUAUCCUUGUUGUUUGUAAGAACCGAACGUCGCACGCCGCCGCCUGUCCUGUCACUAAAAUUUCGCUUUGCAUUCAUAGCCCCUAUUAUCGCUCCGCCACUGCUCCACUGUCAAACAGAAAGUGAGGUUAUGUUAAUUGUUUGUCAAAAAAGCAGUCUCAAGCAUAAUUAACAGCUAAUAUGUUGAAUAACGAAACUGACAAUUUUAUGAAUCGGGUCCGGCGAGCCCUAACCCUCCCCAUCAGAGCCCGAUGUGCCGAAUUAACCGUAUUAUUUGAUCGUGGAAGCACUUUAGAUUUACAGAAUUUUUUCCCUCUUUUAAUCGACAACAUAUUCGGCCCCCAAGGGACUGUUAGUUGGGGCUUACGUAUAGCUAGAGACGUUAAUGAGGAUUUCAGACAACUGGAGCAUUUUCUAUCACCUUGUGGACCUGUCUUUAAGUUAAUUUAUACAUUACUCAAAGAUCCAUCGGCUAAGUACGAUUUUCCUGUAAUGUAUUUACCUAUUAAGGUACAACAGAUAUUGGAAAAUGCUUAUUCACACCAAUUUUAUGCAGAUAUUGUUCAUGUUAAUCCUCAGACCAAACAUGUAAUUUCGUUAUUAUUAAACCCUUUUGAUUAUUAUAUGUUUCAUUUUGCAUAUCAUUUGAUAAACCCUUGGCACCAAAGAUCGGGGACUAUUUUAAGUACACAGCAACAAGCAUCGUGGAAUACGGUUUACUAUGUGUUAUGUUGUGAUUAUAUGCUUCACUUUUUCCCAACUACUCCUGGGGCUUCGGUCCUGCCUGUAAUUUAUUAUAAUGGCAAAAAUCCAAUUCAGCCGUUGCAGCAAAUGAAAUCUCCAGUUGGAUCCAAACUGCUAAACUCGUCUCUUUUAAAUAAAUCAGAAGAGAAGUAUUCGUUUCCCCAAAACUUUGGGCGCCAUCCGCGAAACCAAAUCUGGAGAAGUGAAACCGUUUUGACAGUUUUUAUAGACAUGUGGUUGAAUAACGACCAGAUUAGCCAGCCGACUAACCAAAUUAACAGUUCGUUUAAUUCUUCGUCAGUUCCGAGAUUGUUACAGUAUACAGAACUGCCAACAUCGGAAUAUAUGAGAAUAAUACGUGUUUUAAUAAAACAAUUGCAUGCAUUUUCAGCAAGUGCCAAAAUCGAUGAUACUUACCUGUGUGAAUUGAAAAAAAUUGCAAUUCCUAUGGUUGAGGGAAAGUUUUACAUUUUUCUGAGAAAUUUGAUACAUAGGUGGCCACUGGAUGGCUCUUUUAGGUUACUGUUAGAACUGUGGUUGACUUAUAUUCAACCUUGGAGGUAUCCUCCUGAUACCACACAAGCCGACUUGAAAAAACAAAAUCUUGAUGCUGAAGACGCUAUGACUACAGCCCCUUCUACAGUGGACCGUGAAUAUUUGCCUUUUAUUGCUGAAAAUUUACUGAUAUAUGUUGUAAUAUUUCAACAGUUGCUUCCUAGAUUUACUAGAGUGGAUUUAGUGAGUCCUAAAAUGUCCGUCAUGCUGUACAGAAUAAGCAAAGUUUUCAAUCAGCCAAAUUUAUCCUCGCUUCUCAAAGAAAUCGAACAGUCGAUUGAAAAUAAUCAUUCCCCUUCACAUUCGUACAGCAGUCACUGGUUGUCUAAUUUACCGCCUUUAAAUCCGACUAGUAAUUGGUGCACCAAUACUUCCUUGAAUUCGUCGAAUAUAUGGCCAAUAAAUACUUCAAUGGUCAGUGAAACGUCUUUUAAUUCGCCAAGGGGAUCGGAUUUUACUACAGACGCUAACCAUUCGGCUUUUAUGAACAGCUUGUUAGGAGAUAAAAAGUGGUCUGCGAUUGUUAAGCAAAGAAUUUAUGAAUUAGAAGGACCUUUGUUUUGUUAUAAACCAUUGUUUUCCGUUCCGCCAGCUCCGGAGGUAUAUGAAUUAAUCAUACAAAUUAAGAGAUCGAUCAAUGUGGCGCAAGAACUGGUACAAAUAAGGAAACAGGAAGAACAAGAACAUAACGCAAGCUUUUUUGACAUACUUAGAGUUUUUUACGAUUCAUCAACAACGACUCACGAAUUUAGCUUAAACGAACGGUUAAAAGUCCCUGAAUAUUUGGAUAAGUCAUUAGAUCACUUGAAGCAACUUUUCCAAAUAUCAGAGGUACCUGAAUCCGAGCCAGACACAUCAGUGAUCACAACUUCGGCUUCGAGCGGUUUGGAAAUAUCCAGUGAUUUCAAAUUUCUCACACCGGAGCGAGUCAGAGAAAGAAUGAAGAAAAUCAAAUACGAAGGAGAUCCCGAUUUACACCCGAUCCGAACUACCGAAAUAUCAUUUUUAGUCCGAAUGUUGUACCAGUUGUCUCUUCAAAUAAACUCAAAUUUCCGACAAAAGUUCUGUCAAUUGUACUACGAACAGAGUUAUUGGGGACGCUUGUCGAGGCAACUUUUAAGUUCUCCACUCACAAUCUAUAAAUAUGAUAAAAGCAAACCAGGAUCUCCGAGAGUAAGUAUGGAAUUACCGCCGAGAGUUAGUUUGAGAUAUUUUGCAAGUUAUCACUUUUGGACGUAUUUAAUGAUUGGGUGGAUUAUUGCUGUUACGUUAGGUUAUGGUUUACCAGUUUAUUUGUUAUUUGCAUUUUUUAUUAUAUUAUUGUACAAAUGUGUAAGAGCUAUCGCUGGUAACCCUGUUAGGCAUAACUAUCCGACAGAAGGUUUCGGAAAUAUUAGUUUUGAUGACUCUUUUUAAGACUUUCGUUAUCAAUAAACACAUGUAUUAAUA